AGGUACUUGAGGGGGACCUAUUGGCAGGUGCUCUGGUCCAAUCAGCUCCUUCCCCUGAGCAGCGUCGCGCGCACUGAAGGUUGGAGGCGCUUUUACUUUGUGCGCACUUGUGCACGGAAACUCUCAGAGUGCGCACAGACUCCAUGGAUCAGAGCAAUUUGCAGCACUGUUGAGUUUUGUACAGCAGCAUCUCCUCUGAAGGCGAACACACCCCGCAGUGAGAACUCCAUCUUUGGUCAUGACGCUCCUCUGAGGAAGGGGGGAAAAGAUUGAUCACUUUCUUCAGGUUUUUGGUUUCUCCUUCCGCCCAAAGAUGAUGUUUUCGUCUGCAGGAAAGCGCUGCUUCACCAUAGAGUCUCUGGUCGCCAAAGAAAACCCUCUAACCCCCGAGGAUCCCAUCCGUCCCACUGCUCUAAGUUACUCCAACCCGACGACAGAUGCUUUAAUGAACAGUUACCAGACCCCGCAGGCCAGGCCCCUGUACCAGACCCCGGACCUUGUGUUCCCAGAGACUGUCAGCCAUCCCUCCCUCACCGUGGCCCCUCACCAGCUGGGAGGGUCACACCUACAGCAUCCGCACUUCUUCGGGACGCAACACCGAGAUCCGCUCAACUUCUACCCCUGGGUGCUACGGAACAGGUUUUUUGGACACAGAUUUCAAGGUAAGAAAAGCAAGAAUUCAAAAAAGACCAACGUAAGGAUUUACAAAUCGAGAAAAUGAUUUGUAGUCCACGAAAAAAAUAAUCACUAACGCUUUAAAAUCGUGCGUAAAUUGGCUGUAAAGACGGUUACGCACUUUGGAUGAAUUACGCGUUAAGUUUGGACACGAUAAGACCAUCAGCAUUGAAAGUAUUCCUCAGUUAAACAAUAAAAUUCAUCCAUAGAUAGAAUUAAAGACAAGGCCACGGGGUGUUCAGCAGGCUGUCGGGCUCUCACAUUUCCACUCUCAUUCGCCCUGCAGCUCCUCUCUCCAACAGCCUCAGCCAGGAGGAGAUAAGCUCCGAGGUUUCCAUACAAGCUAAAAGUCGCCCUCAGGCUCCGGAGCCUUUUCUAAAAAUCAGACACAACAGCCGGGCUGUGAGGACAGAACUGAUAAAAUCCAGGAGAAUAAAUCCAGCAGAAUGAGGAGGGGGAAACAAAUGAGGAGAAAAUCCUGCUCAGACUGAACAGAGGCUGCAGUGAUUUAUUUACAACAUAGACACCGAGUAACCAGAAUUUAGCAAACUGCAUGAGGCAAACUGUACUCAUAUAACUAUUGCUAUUUCCAACUUUGUAUUACAACCAUGAAAAUUAACUAUGCACAUUUAUAAGAUACCCACAAAACAGCUUUUGCUUAAUGCACUACACGUUUUAAGGGCGUAAUUGUGCAAAAACAUCCAUAGUGCGUAAUUUUAAAUGUGAAUACUCAUGGUGCCAUGUGUAGUACCGAGGAAAAAACAUGUUCCUGCAUCUUUAAUUAAUUUCUAAGCUAUCUUUAGUUUAAUAACUUAUAAUGUGCAACAGUGCUUCUGUAUGGUACAAUAGAAAACACGGUCAUAAUGCACUAAAUACUCUCUGUCUUUCCUAAUUUUGUCUACAUCCUUUAAAAGUGUGUAGAUGAAUGUAGGUGAGAGUGUGAUGAAUAUUAUUGUUUCAUUCUAUGGUGUCCAAUGACAAUUAAUAGAUUAUAUAAUAAUACUAAUACUUAUAAUAAUAAUAAUAAUUGUCACAGCAGGACCUUGAGGUCAUUAAUACUUACAGUCUGAAUAAUUACUCCUCAUUAUACAGCCCUCCACUUGAACUUCAUAUGUGAUUUACAAGGACAAUAAACAGAGAAAUAUGCUGCUUCAAAUGUUUGUCACAAAAUGGAAAAAUUAAAAAGUGUUCAGUAACCCUGAUUGUGAAACAUUAAAAUUAAUAUUUGAUGUUUAAGAGGAGACGUUCAAAUGUUAACACCGUCCUUACAAAAACAAUAGGAGGCGUGGCAGGUUAAUUGGUAAUUAAAUUGGUAAUUAAAUCACAUUAGUCACUGAAAACAAAAAGUCUGAAUCCAACACUUUCACUCAUUUUUUCCCCCUUCUUUUUGUAAAUAUAUUUAUUUAUCUUUAUCUAAAUGUACAGUGUGAUAUCGCCUAGUUAAUUUUUAAUAAGUGUGAUGUUUGUGCUCCACAGUUUCACAUGUCUAAAUACAUCGUUCCCGUCAGGAUUUUGCAGUUUUUACAAUAAAAAUAGAUUAAAAUUAAAUAAAUGUUUUCUUAGCACCAGAUCUAAAUACUACAGGACACGUUGUGCUCACAUUGGUUCAGCAUCAAGUCUUCAUAACCGGUCACUUUGUUCAAACCAAGAAUACCAAAUUUAAAAGCACUUAUGAAGCAGAAAUAUUGAUUUUUGUUGUAAGUAAAUGUUAGGACUAUGCCAUCAUUAUUUCGUUAUGCUGCAACAAUAAGAACGUGGUGCAUUAUUAUUAUUAGGCCUAUUGUUAUAUUAUGAUUAUUAUCAUCAGCCUACUUUUAUUAUAAUUGUUAUUACUAUUUAUUAUGAGGCUAGUUUUCUGACUUAGCCAUUGCACACAAUAACAUAGAUUUAAAUACCCCUAAUAUUAAAGUGGGCCACAGUUUAGGGAUAAUAAGCGUAAAAUUCAGAUUUAAGGUAUUAACAGCUGAUUAUAUAAAAACUGCACCUGACAAAUGUCCUUACCUUCACUGACGGACGGUGUUUCCUCUCUUCUCUAACCCGGUGUCAGGUAAUGAUGUGUCCCAGGACAGCCUGCUCCUCCACGGUCCCUUCGCCAGGAAACCCAAACGGAUCCGGACGGCCUUCUCGCCCUCGCAGCUGCUCCGCCUGGAGAGAGCCUUCGAGAAGAACCACUACGUCGUCGGAGCCGAGAGGAAGCAGCUAGCAAACGGACUGAGUUUAUCUGAAACACAGGUACGGACGUUUCAGUGAUUCAAAAUGAAAUUUUUAAUAUCUUUAUGAUUAAUUAAAAUUUUAUAAAAGAGUGAUCUAAUACACAAUUCUUUCAAAAAUUCGUUUUUAUCGUUGCUAACCACUACUGACGUUUCCAUGGCGACGGUCUUUUAUAUCACAUUCCAAAUUCUAACGGUCGAAAUUCCCUCUUACAUCACCAAAACUAUUAUCGGUAAAGUAGAGCAGAUCGGCGUAAGUGUUUUGUUAGUGUUAAGGUAAACCCUAAAUACUUCGUUACAGUUAACGAUUUUUGUCAGUCUGGUGUGCCAAAUCUUAUGGAGCAAAUUGUAAUUUUAAAUUUCGGGGAUGAUCUUCUUGGGAAGUAAAACGAAAUAAGGCAAAAAUAGGCAAACAGCUUAGCUAUAUUUUCACCCUCGCGUUAGGAAAACCAAGUAGAUGCAUAACUAAAAUAAUUACUCAAAAUAGUCUCGUUCUAGAGGCAGGCUUUUAAUACGAACCGAAUCAAUCAUCUCUUAUAUUAUGAGUAAUAAUACAUAUUAAACCCUAUUAAUUUACUUUAUUAGAGCUUUAGCUGUUAGCUAUUCUUAAAAAGGAUUACUAUAAAAUCAUUUCUACAUUAUUUGAGUGAUAAAUUAUAGUUGUUAAUUUAUUUUGGUGAGGUAACUAUCGAGUUAUCUAAAUGUGGACCAUUACACAAUUAGAUCAAACCACGUAAUAUGAUUGGACAAGAGGCAUUCCAUGAGUGCUGAUAUUGAGAAUAUCAUCAGUGGGACUUUUCACUUCAAGUAUCACUCCACCUCUGUGUGCCCUGAAUGCACUUCAUUAAAAUUACAACAGACUGUUUGUUACUGGUACCUCAAAAUUAUACAGGCCGCAGAAGAAACUGUUGGUCUUAUUUCACAUUUUGGAAACAUACAAAUAAAUUAAAAUCAGUGAAGAAAAAUAGCUUUUAUUGUAAAAAUAUAACUGCAUAAAUUAUGUCAAAACUAAAAACAAAGACAGGACAAUUCUGCUCACUGUGCCAAAAGAUAAAGUGGUGUAACUAUUGAUAGGUGUAUUUAAUGAGUCUACAAUAACUCAAUUAGGCCUAAUAGGCAAUAUUAAGAGGCACUGUCUGAGUCAGCAGUAUGGACAAAAGCUGCUUACAAUAUUAGUUUUUAUGUCAGUCAAUAAGAUAUUUGCAGUUAGGCAUUAUUUUUGUGAUGUGUAUAUUAAUGACAGUGAUGUAAAUUGUACUCGAUCGUGUGUCAGUGUGCAUCUGUAGCAAUGAGCCGUUUCUGCUUCUGUAUAAACGUUUGGAUGAAGACCUCGAGGUACCUUAGAAUAAUUUACCCUCUAACAUAUUCCUAACCAAUAUUUGUUUUUUAUUUUAGUUUCUGAGCAAACACUGACCUACAAAACUUGCUUUGGUAUAAGAGGAGGAAGCUGUAUAAGUGACGCUAUUUUAAAGAUGCAGCUUGACCUCAUAUAGGACACACCAAGGGCAUAUAUAUACUUGGUGAUCUUUACUGUACACUGAUGUCAAGCCCAGCUUUGAUAUAUACAGUCCAAAGAGAGGCGUGGUCACUUUAUUUGCAGAGAUGAGGAAGCGCUGGAAUAAAAAGGGGUUUGAGUGAAGGAAGGACAAAAAGGUUGUAGGGUUUGAUGGAUUAACACUGUUAUCAUAAUGCAAUUUAAUUUUGUUUUUGUGUCUAAUGUUUGCACUGAUGUAUUUAAAGACUUGUGAAGUGACUUUGACUCUGCAUCUAUCCUGGAAAAGUUUUCUAGUUUAGCGUUAUUCUUCAUAGGGCCUUGCACACUAGGGCCAUGGUUGGCUUCUUAUUGCAAGACAGAAACAAGGGCCAAAAAAUUUUGAUUUGGGUGAAAAUAGCUGCCAAUGCAGCUGGCACAAUUUUUGGAAACCAAAGUUUGUUGAAACAUAAAACAAAACUUAUCUCAAGAAAUUGGUUGGGAAAGUUUUGGCUUCAAAUGUUAUUCGACUCCCUGGGUGUCUCUUGGGCAUGUGAAAAUCUUGCUCUGAAAUGAUUUUUUGGUUAAAUUUAGCGAGCUUCUAAAAAAUUAAUUGAAAAAAUCUCCAAAGUAAUUAUCAAGCAGCAACCUCAAGUCUUUAGAAAGGAAGCCAACACAGAAAUGCUUAAAAUUGCAGUUCCCAGAGUGUCCACUUGGAGCACCAGAAACCACAUACGCUCUCAUUAAAAAAAUUAAUCUUGACAGCAAACAAACAUGUCGAUGGCCUGAUACAAAAGUGGUUUUUGAUUGAGUAGCUCAUUUCCUUCUUUGGAUUGUAUGGGAUGAUUUUUGUUGACGCAUCCUUUUUGAAGAUAAUAUAAUUACAAGUUUGGCAAGUUAGUCUAUGUUCACACUGCAGGUCAAUUCCGAUUUUUUAACCAUAUGUGACACAUAUCGGAUUUUUUCAUGUUAGUGUGAACAGUGCAAUUCUGAUUUUUUCAAAUCCGACCCAGGCCUCUUUUGUAUGUGGAUAUAAAUUGGAUAUGUAUCUGAUGUGACUGCAGUGUGGACACUCAGGUCGCAUUCAUCCGACCAUUGUUUGACAAUGACAAUCGUUGUUGUAAUGCGAACGACCGCACGAAAAGAUCGAAUUUAACAAAAAAUCCAAAUUGUGCAUCAUAACCUGCAGUGUGAACGCAGCCUUAGAGUCAAGGCUGAUGAGCUUCAACACCAACUCUCAGCAAGGAGAGUCAAGGCGCUCCAAACUCCACCUCUUUGCCUCUUGGUAGGUCAAACAAAAGUUAGGUUGAGUCAGCAUUUCCAAUAUGGCGACUGCUGCUGAUUGGCUACAAACAAAGUCCAUAUUUAUUCGUUUUUGGUAAAUAUUUAAUUGUUAUUAUGUGCAGAUGUCUGAUAAGUCAAAAGGGCCUAUUCUAGGAGAUGUUCUAAUGUUGUUAAUCUCUUUAACGAGCGAGACCACUUUGAUCACUUUUAUUUACCUGUUUAUUCUCCCGUCCAGGUGAAGGUGUGGUUCCAGAACAGGCGGACCAAGUACAAGCGUCAGAAGCUGGAGGAGGAGGGUCCGGAGAGCCAGCAGAAGAAGAAGGGAAACCACCACAUCAACAGAUGGCGAAUCGCCACCAAGCAGGCCAGCUCUGAGGACAUAGACGUGACUUCAGAGGACUAAAAACCCGACAACACUGCCCUGAACCCUGCGCCCCCUACAGACGCAUCAAAGGACCAACACUAUUUAUUAUGUAAUAUUAUUAUAAGUAUAAUUAGACACAUUAGAGAAAGGACUGAAUAUGUGAUCACUGCACAUCUCUUCAUCGAGGUGAUUGACUCUGACUCUGGAAAAUUGACAUCUUAUUUAAGUAUCCGUCAUGGGAUUGUGGAGAGAUCCAUCCAUUAUUUAAAGAUCUUUGGCGUGUAACCAAAGAUGAAGGAAAAGUCAACCUCAUUCUCCGUCGUUGUGCUUGUUUGUUUGUAUUUUUUUUUAUUAUUGUACAUAGGCCACUAAAAAAGGUUGUUUUGAAUGGAGGCAUUUGUUUCAUUAGAGCUGUUUUUACCACCUGCUUAGGCCAUUAACACCUCAUUGCUCACCACACCCUCUCCGCCACCUGUGUACUGUGUUAAUUUAAAUUUCACCACAAAGACGGGAACACGUCGCACACUUUCAAUCCUCUCAGCGAGCGGAGGAACAGGCCAGAAGAACAAAGGAAGAAGACCUGUGAUGGAAGAUCCUAAUUUGUCACUCCCUGCUUGGUUUCUGUUUGCAGAGCCAUUCCAUCGCUGGGUUCUGCUCCUAACGAAGAGUCUCCACAGAGAGAGGCGAUUCACGAGCAGCUGUGCAUGACUCGGGGGGACAGACGAGAAGCUGCAGAGACCUCUGCUGUCAGGGGCGAGUUGUGCCGCAUAAUGAAAAGCCGGUCCACAGCUUUGAGCCGCUUCUUCUUCUGCCAUGCCACAUUUUUCAGAGAGGACAUGUGACGGAUGACGUGUUCAUGUGUUGAAUUUUUCUGCAGAUUUCAUCAAGCGCUGUGUGUAGAACAAAACAAAUGAGAACAUACUUUUGGAGCAGAACGUGUAAUUACAGGAGGAUGGUUUAGAAAUAAAAACAGAAGCUAUUUCUCUCAUGUGAAA